CAACCCAACAUGUCCUGUAGUGCCAGCUCAGUGAUAGCUCUCGAACGCGACCUGAAUAUCCCCACGGAUUUUCCCUCGAUACGAACUUCCUGUAGUGGCAGCUUAUGGCGAGAGCACAACCUCGAAAGAGAGCCCGCGCAGACGACCUCUCGCAAGAGCACUGUCCGAACAAGAAGAUCAAGUCGAGAGACAGGCUUCACGGGUCGUCGAACUUCCCGCCGGAAUUCUGGGACAACCUGUCCAAGAUCUGGCUCACCCCGCGCGCUCUGCGAGAACUCGACCGGCGGAACAGCACUCGGGCCCCAGAACCCGCGAUGCCUGUAGUAUAUACCACCGAUCUUGCCCGGUUUGCGAGACACGGCGGCCCAGAUCUUCGCCAUCUUUGGGGGUAUCCCGAACCGAAGAGCGCCGUACGUACCAUUUCUUGCAGCCGUUCCAUAGCAUCAUCCAGCCAGCGAACAAAGUCGACGAAGUCUACAGAAGCAACAGAUGUGUCUUCGAGAACCAAGCCAUCAUCAGCAUACGACAAGAACUUCGAGCAGCACCUUAAUGACAACAAUGUCUAUCUACACGGUCGGAAGUCGAAGCCGAAUAACAAAGUAGACCUGUACGAGUCAAGACUAUCGCUUUCACCGUCGAAGUUCUCCGAUAGCGCAUUUGAACGCUUCCAGGACGAACACGAUCAUCUGGGUUCCGAAGGAGAUGUUAUGCGCAAAAUAAUUCCGGUCAUAAGUGGCAGCACGAAUAUUCAUAAUAGUGGGGAAAUGCUUUUCAACAAUCUGGAAUCGAUCACUGACGGCACUAUGGGUGACGUCAAACCCGACUUCUAUGAUGGGGCUUAUUUUGGUGACAUCGAUGCAGCGGUGAGAAAUGACCUGAAUAGUCUAAUAAUACCUUCAAACACGAACGCAGCUAGGCGCCCAAUAGCGCCGAAUUUCUUUCUCGAGGCUAAAGCCCCAUUGGGGCGGGCGGACGUCGCCAAACGGCAAGCGGGCCUUGACGGAGCCAUCGGCGCCCGCGCGAUGCACGCCCUGCAGAACUACGGCAAGGAGGAGCCCGCCUUUGACGGCAAUGCGUACACCUACAGCUCGACCUACCACGCCGGCACGGGCACGCUCAAGCUGUACGCGCACCACGUCACGGCGCCGACCACGCCGGGCGGGCGGCCCGAGUACCACAUGACUCAGGUUGAUGGCUGGGAUUUGACGGGAAACAUCGACUGUUUUCGGCGAGGAGUGACCGCCUUCCGGAAUGCGAGGGACUUGGCGAAAGAGCACCGCGACAGGUUCAUCCAGGCAGCUAAUGCAAGAGCACGCCAAACCGACACGGAGGCGCUGUCUGAAGCAGAAAUCACAGUCGCUGUGGCAGAGCAGUAUGAAGACUCAACUGCUGACGAAUCCGUGGACUGUGAAGACUAUGUCGAAUCACAAGCUGUCGGCACCGAGAACCACGCUACAUCCCAGGACGUCGGCGAGGGGCUGACUCUUCCCGAGUACCUUCACGAAGAGGAGGAAGAACCCAGCCAGCAGCCUACGUUGCUUGGUGCUGAACCGGCCAUGAGCUUUGCUACAAGCUUUACGUCGAGCUUUACCGUACAGAGCCAAACCAGUUCGAAGCGGAACAGAGCUUCUAACAGUCCCCCGUCGAAUUCCCGGCCGCGCAAGAAGCACGACCCGGCCAAGUAGGACUCGGCCAAGAAGCGGACACGCCGUAGUGCGCCUCGACGAGCGGCUGGGUCUUCCGCGCAGGGCUCGACAUCUUCAGGAUCUGCCUUUAUCUCUAUCGCCGCUAGCAGGACCUAGAGGUGAAUUGUCAACCUCCGGGACAACUUCUUCCACUCCUUUCCUGUCUUCAA